UUUAAAUAGUCUCGUUGUGUGUUUGUGAGCAGAGAGACAGAAGCUGGGAUUAGUGCAGCGGUUCGACGACAACUUCACAUAUUCGUCUCUUGGCUUUUUUACAGAUUUGCGAUUCACUUUACGAGGUGUAAAAAGCGGUGCUUACUUUGAGAAGUGUUACUGAGGGGAAAAAAGUUGCUGUGGAACACAGUAGAUUCAGAAGCUGAGCAUGGGUACCAGUGAGAGUAAGAUGGCUGUGGCAUCCACACCCAAGCCAGAUCCAAUCCAGCGGCUCAGGAAUCAAUGCUUAGCCCAGCUCGCAGACCCUCGAUCUCCCUCCUGCGGGAUCAGCCGCACACCAAUACAGGUGAGUGGUGCAACGUCUACAGUCCAAGAGGUUCAGGAGAGAGUCGGCCCCGUGUUUGUUGAUCCACGAUCACCUACAGCUGGCAUUGUUCGCACUCCCCUAAAGGACAGUGUGAAAGUAACUGUCAGCUCACUGGCUCGUCGACUGAGCACAUUCUUCCUCAAUGAUGUGAUGGUUGGAGACUCUGCACCUACUCCGUUCCCACCUGUGUCCUUAGCUGAACAUCACAGCAUGCCUAGUGUAGAGCAGCAAGAUGAGCUGAGCUCCAAAGAGCCCCUCCUCCCACCUCAUUCCUGUGACUCUCUUAGUGGGCCCAUCAAAUGCCCAUCUACUUUGGCAGAUUGCAGCUCUUCCAUGGGUUACGGCUCCUUCUGCAGCAGUCCAUUUGUGGUGAUCGGUGAGGUUCAGGUAGAGGGUGGGACAGAUGCUGACACCACUAUUGAUGAGGCUGAGGAGGCUGUCCUUCUGGGUGAGUCUCCCCUCAAGCGGGAGCUCAGUCUCAGCAUGCUCGGCUGCCGCGAGGGUGUUUACUCGCCAGAGUUCUUUCCCUCAGCUGAGGAGCGUCCUUCCACUCCUCUUCCUCCAUUUGAGGACAGGCAAGAUGUGGAUCACUCCUAUGUACACCCUUGCAUUACCUGUAAGCCUGUACAGUCUGCUCUUGUUCCAGUCCAAGAAGCCAUCUUGCCACCAAGCACUACUGACACUCCACAGUCACCUGAGCAGGAGAUUGUUGUGGAAGAAAUUGCUAUAGCGCCAGAGCAAGGUCUACAACAGAAGUCGAUGUCUGCCAAUUCUGAGCCAACCAAGAGUGAAGUCCUGGUGCCUGCUAUAACAUUCCCCAAGUUUGAUACCCGCAGCCCGAGCCAGGCUAUAUUUAAACCCCAGUGGCUGGGAGUAGGAUUUGGAGCAUCAGGUGUCCGUGCAAGAGGAGUUCAGAACCGUGUGAGAGGAACCUCCUCCCCCCUGUCCACCCGCAGACCAACUACUGAUGAGAAUGAGAAUAAGGUUGUGCUCAACAAGCAAAAGCAGAGAGGCAAAACACUUAUUGGUGAAGGCAGAUCUCCUCUGCAGAUCCUCAAAGAAACCAAUUCGCCCAGAAAGAACACUACACAGAUGAAGAUGAAGGUUUCUACUCCAGAGAAACAGAGGUUUGGCCAAAUGGACAGAAGAGCCCUCAUUCUUUCUCUGGACAAAGAGAACCAGUGAAGGACGUGAACUGGACUACAUUUAUAAGCAAACACUCUGUACAUAGAGCUCAGAUUCUUUCUCAGAAAGCAGCUGUACAGUAAAUGUAAACUUUGUGUGUGCCCUAUGUGGAUGUAAUUUUACAUUCCUUUUCUACAUUAUCUUUUCAAUGUCUUCCUUAUUUCCUUAAAAAUUUGUAAAUAAAAUCAAAAUUAUUUUAAUUUUA